AUGAACGGGCGUCCAUUUUGCUUCGCCAUAUUGAAUUUGGUCGGACAUCUUUGGACGCCAUGUUUAGUCGGACAUAUUUUAUAAACAUUUUCGCGUAAAUUUCAAAUAUUUUUGAGCCUAAAUAUCGAACUUUUUUUCACUGAAGCUCGGUGCAUAAAUUGCUGUAAAUAUUGCAGCGGAGGAAACUGUGUCUACGCAGCAGUCCAUAUUUGUCUCCAAGGGGCCGUGCAGCUUUUGUUAGAAGAUAAAUAAAGGGGUUCAAGAUGAUGAACCAGGAGAUAAUGUGCGAGGUGGAGAUUGGUACCCACGGUUCCAUGGUAGAGAUUGAUGGGGAUGACCAGGUCGGAGUCAAGUACGAAGAAAUAGAAGCCGGUCAAUACGAAGAGUACAUAACUGAUGACCAGUAUGAAGAGGUGGAGGAGCAGGUGAUCGGUGGCAUGCAGCACCUGGAGGAAGCCCUGCUGACAGAUUAUAAACUUGCAGUGGGCAGCGAAGAAGUCAUCCUGCCAGGAAUAUCUGGAGAAGAAGUCCUCAGCGCCAAUGCAGAUAGCCCUUAUGAUCCUGUGUACUCAACUCCGCCUUCUACUAGCAGAAGGGGUCGCGGCAGACCACGGGCAAGCGCAAAUAACAACGCCAAUAAUAUACAACACUUAAUGCCUAUUGGCGAGGUGCCCAUGGGUCUAAUGGAAGGCGUCAGCGGGGGCCGAGGGGCUGCGCGGAGGUGGGAACAGAAGCAGGUGCAGAUCAAGACCAUGGAGGGGGAGUUUAGUGUCACCAUGUGGGCUACUGGAGAAGACGACGAUGACGGCUCAAACCCUGAACCAGAUCCAGACUUCACCGAGUACAUGACCGGCAAAAAAAAUAUACUCGGGAACGAAACUAUGCCAGGUUUGGACCUGUCAGAUCCUAAACAGCUGGCGGAAUUCGCACGACCUGGACACAAGAUCAGGCUAAAGAAACCCUCGCCAGAGUCUUCCGACAGAACCAUAGCGUGCCCGCACAAGGGCUGCACCAAGAUGUUCAGGGACAAUUCCGCUAUGAGGAAACAUUUGCACACGCACGGUCCCAGGGUUCACGUUUGCGCAGAAUGUGGUAAAGCUUUUGUAGAAAGUUCUAAACUGAAAAGGCAUCAACUUGUUCACACUGGAGAGAAACCAUUUCAGUGCACCUUCGAAGGCUGUGGCAAACGGUUCUCGCUAGAUUUUAACCUCAGGACACAUGUGCGCAUCCAUACGGGCGACCGGCCGUACGUGUGCCCGUUCGACGGAUGCAACAAGAAGUUCGCGCAAAGCACCAACCUUAAGUCACACAUUCUCACACACGCCAAGGCUAAGUCAAGAAAUUCCCUCUCCCGCAACGGUGGGGGCAACUACGAAUCAGCACGGACCACACCACAGUUCGUUCAACUGGAGAUGUCUCCAGACGAUUCUAACCCCCAGUUGAUUUUCUACACGCACGAGUGAAGGACACGUGAAAUGUCAGGGAUUACACAUAAAAUGUGAUGGACAAGUUUUGAAAUUUCGUGAAAUGUGGAGGAUAUGUUUUGAAAUGUGAUGGACAUGUUUUGAAAUGUGAUGGACAUAUUUUGAAAUGUUAUGGACAUGUUUUGAUAUGUGUUGGACAUGUUACGAAAUAUCGUGAAAUGUGAUGGACAACUUUUGAAAAGUUAAUGAAGUGUUAUGAAAUGUCGUUUAGGACAGUGUAAAGGAAUUAGAAAAGAAUAGAGAAGAAAACGUCAAAUGUGAUUUAAAAAAAAAA